AAAAACUUUUUGUAUGUGAUAGAUGUUUGAAUUAUUUUUUCAAAGAAGAUAAUUUAAUGAGACAUGAAGAACAUUGUAAAAAAAUUAAUAAUUGUAGAAUUAGACUUCCUAGUGAAAAUAAUAAUGCAAUAAUGUUUAAAAAUCAUCGUUAUAGCGAAAAGUUACCUUUUAUAAUAUAUGCAGACUGUGAGUGUUUGCUUAAACCAAUAAGACAAGAUGUAAAAACUAAUACUAGACCAGUACAAAACCAUGAAAUUUAUAGUCUUGGAUACUAUCUUAAAUGUAGCUACAAUGACUCAUUAUCAAAAUAUAAAUUUUAUAGAGGUCCUGAUGUCUCAAGAUGGUUUGCUGAACAGUUAAAAGUCAAUGAAGAACAAAUAAGUACUUUAUAUAAAAAUCCUGUACCCAUCUCAGUUUUAUCAGAAGUCGAAAUAACAGAUUAUUAUAGUUCAAAAACGUGUCAUAUUUGCAAAAAAAAAAUUGAAUGAUGAUGACAAAGUACGUGAUCACUGUCAUCUUACUGGAAAAUACCGAGGACCAGCACAUAAUAGCUGUAAUCUAAAUUAUCAAGAUUCAAAAAUAGUACCAGUGGUGUUUCAUAAUUUAAGUGGAUAUGAUGCACACUUUAUUAUAUCUGAUGUAUCAAAUCAUUUUCCAGGACAGAUUGAUCUUCUUCCUCUGACAAAGGAAAAAUAUAUAUCAUUCACUAAACAUGUGGAAAAUAGUAAAAUCAAAUUUAGAUUUUUAGAUUCGUUUCGAUUUAUGCCUUCAUCAUUAGAAAAAUUAGCAUCAUAUCUACAGGAUUACAAAAUUGUUAAUAAAGAGUUUAAUGAUCUCAGCAGAGAACAAGUUGAGCUCUUAACGAGAAAAGGUGUUUUACCCUAUGAAUAUAUAAGUUCAUGGGAUAAGUUAGAGGAGUGUGAAUUGCCAGAAAAAGAAAACUUUUUCAGUGUACUUAAUGAUUCACAUAUAUCUGAUCAUGAUUAUAAACAUGCACAAAAUGUGUGGAAUACAUUUAAUUUGCAAACACUUGGUGAUUAUUCUGAUCUCUAUAUGAAAACUGAUACAAUUGAAACUCUUAACAGAUAUUGACAUGGUACUGUUUGUGGAGCGAGAGAUCAGAGGUGGUUUAAGUCAAUGCUCAAAUCGUUAUGCAGCAGCCAACCAUAAAUACAUGUGUGAAAAUUAUAAUAAGGAUGAGAAAAAUCAGUAUUUGAUUUAUUUAGAUGCAAAUAAUUUAUAUGGACAUAGCCUUUCACAAUAUCUCCCCUAUGAUGAAUUUGAAUGGCUUGAAAAUUAUGAAAAUUUUGAUUUGUUUUCCAUUGCAACAGAUGCUUCUCAUGGUUAUAUUUUUGAGGUUGAUUUGGAUUAUCCUAGCGAACUACAUAACGCUCAUAAUGAUUUACCAUUCUGUCCUGAACAUGCAAAACCUCCAGGUUCUAAGCAAGAAAAACUUUUAGCUACCCUACAUCCUAAAAGAAAUUACGUUAUUCACUAUGUAGCUCUAAAACAGGCUCUCUCGAAUGGGUUGCAACUUCGCAAAAUUCAUAGAGUUCUAAAAUUCAAACAAUCACCAUGGCUCAAGUCAUACAUAGAUUUAAAUAGCAGUCUGCGAGCAUUAGCAAAAAAUGAAUUUGAAAAGAAUUUUUUCAAGUUAAUGAACAAUGCAGUAUUUGGUAAAACGAUGGAAAAUGUUAGAAAACGUGUUUUAGUCAAGCUCAUGAGUAAAUAUGAUGGAAGAUAUGGUGUUGAAGCUCAAAUUUCAAAGCCAAAUUUUCAUAGCAGUGCAAUAUUUAAUGAAAAUUUAGUUGCUAUACAAAUGAAUAAGACUGAUAUAUGUAUAGAUAAACCAAUUUAUGUUGGUCUUACAGUUCUAGAUCUCUCCAAGACGCACAUGUAUGAUUUUCAUUAUAAUUAUAUGCAAAAAGUAUACAAAAAUAACUUGAAAUUACUUUAUACAGAUACUGAUAGUCUAAUAUAUGCUAUUCAAUGCAAUGAUUUUUAUGAAGAUAUGAAAAGAAAUAUCCACAUGUUCGAUACAUCAGAUUAUCCUGCAGAUAAUAUAUUUAACAUGCCGCGCGUUAAUAAGAAAAUUGUUGGACUCAUGAAGGAUGAGUGUAAUGGUAAGAUUCUCACUGAAUUUGUUGGAUUAAGAAGCAAAAUGUAUAGUACGCGUGUCAAUAAUCAAGAUAGUAUGAAAAAAAUUAAGGGUAUUAAGGCUUCAGUUGUAAAGAAAACCAUUGAAUUUAACGACUACUUGGACUGUUUAAAAAAUUCUUGCAUUCAGAGUCGAGAGCAGUAUGCUAUAAGAUCAAAACUUCAUAACGUCGAGACCAUUAAACAGAGAAAGAUCGCUCUCAGUCCUUAUGACGAUAAAAGAUUCCUUCAAGAGAACAGUACUGACACACUUGCCUGGGGUCAUUACAACAUACUGCAAAAUGGAAAUGUUUGAUUCUAGUAAAAAGAAGUGUGUACGAUUUGAGGAAGAGCCAACCAUUCACUUGAUGUACACGUGGAAAUUUGCACAUCAUGAAGCUCGAUGUGGGAAGUGGGAGGAGGCAGCACGUGAUCGAGAA